AUGGACUGUGGUCGCAUUGUUUUCGCCAUAAUUGGCUUCUCUGCAUCAUUCUUCCUAUAUUUUCCAAGCUUCAAGAGAAGACUCCAAAGCAAACAAAUUAUCACAACACAUAAAUUGAAGAUCAUAAAUGAAGCCUUGGAAAUUGCUGAAGAAAGAGUCGUGAGGUAUGAAGAGAGGCACGAUCGCAUUCUUAGUCAAAUCUCAUCGUACUACCUUGUGAAUCAGGAACUGCAAGAUGCGUUGUUUGGCGCUCGAGAAGCCAUGAAUGAAGCUUUAGAGUUUGUUGUUGGUCUAAGAAGAUUGAAGAUGGAGAUCAUAAGCUCAUAUCCAGGUGAAGUUGAUGUUUCCAUGUUGGAUAGGUUCCUUGGAAAGCACAAGCAGGACAAGGAAUAA